UUGAAUCAGAUACGUUUCUUGUUAUUGUUGUUGGUCUCUGGUUGGUUACCAAGAAAAUAUGGCGGUGAAGUUUUGAAGGAGGGAAAGGAUGGGAAUUUGCAUUGCCUAAUUGGAUAAGCCUGCCAAGAUGUAUACAUCAAUGAAAAAAAUUCACAAGGAUAAGGAUGUUGAACCUACAGAGUUUGAAGAGUCUGUGGCUCAGGCCUUAUUUGAUCUGGAAAAUACUAACCAAGAGCUCAAAAGUGAUUUGAAGGAUCUGUACAUCAAUUCUGCUGUUCAAAUUGAUGUCUCUGGAAACCGGAAGGCUGUUGUUAUCCAUGUGCCAUACAGACUAAGAAAAGCUUUCCGCAAGAUUCACGUCAGGCUUGUCAGGGAGUUGGAGAAGAAAUUCAGUGGCAAGGAUGUGAUUCUGAUUGCCACCCGAAGGAUACUGAGGCCCCCAAAGAAAGGAUCCGCUGUUCAACGACCCCGCAGCCGGACUUUAACUGCAGUACAUGAUGCCAUGUUAGAGGAUGUUGUUGUCCCUGCUGAGAUUGUUGGGAAGCGCGUUAGAUAUCGCAUUGAUGGAUCCAAGAUAAUGAAGGUCUUCUUGGACCCCAAGGAAAGAAACAAUACUGAAUAUAAGCUGGAGACUUUUGCUGCAGUUUACAGAAAGCUUUCAGGCAAAGAUGUUGUGUUCGAGUACCCAUUGACAGAGCCUUAAAAGUAGUGGCAGAUGAUUUGUUGUAGAUCUUUGUGAUCCACGAGGCCCAAUUCGUUUUGAUCAAUCAUUUGAAAUUUUGACUCCAUAUUUUGUGGUUAAAUAGGCAGCGAACUUUAUGCUUGCUAUCAAGUUUUUCUUUUUGAUUAUGUAGUUUCUACUGUGAGGAUUUUGAAUAUUUAAAGAAGUUCGUUAACUUGCAAUGGAUUUCAUCAGGCUUCUAUGUGGUUUGCUGAAUACAAUGUGAUAAAAUUGUGUGGCGA